AAGAGAAAAUCCUUUUAUUGCAAAGAAUGGAUGGAUCUGGCUUGUUAUUAAUUUAUUAGGUAAUCAUGGUAGCAUUUUAACAUAUAAUACUUUUAAGGGAAAUGCAAUAUUGUUUGUACUGACAGGCAAUAUAAUAGUAAUGAAGUCAGUUCCACAAGUAAUGAUUCAGUUAAUUAGGGACAUCCUGAUCUAUUCUACAGUUAUUCCACAAGAGGCUUCAUUAGCUACAGGUGGUUUUAAUGCAAAAUGCAAUAAUACAUUCUUAAUGAGUGCUUUCACUUCCAUUUGUUUCGCCAUCACACUUGAAGCGAAGAUACAUGCUGCAAGGAUACAGAAUCGGAAUCAGAAAUACUUUAAUUCCCGAGGGGAAAUUAUGAUUUGUUACAGUUGUCCCUAAGUAAAGAAUAGAGAAUUAAAAUAGUAAGAGUAUGAAAUAAAAGUGUGUAGAUAUAAAGCAACAAGUAAAAUGAAGUAGAAAUGAAAUGUGCUUUAAAAUAAAAAUAAAAUGUGCAUGAUAAUACAGUGUUUUAACAUUAGUAAUUAAGUCAUGACAUUUGAAUAUUAGAAUAAAAUAUAGAUCGUCACUGUGCUGAAGCUGUAAGUGUAAAAAUUAAACUACAAUAUAUACAUCAUUAGAAUAAAACAAUAAAAUUAGAGUAAACCUAAGAAAUAUGUACAGCUAUGCGCAUUGAUUCGACAGAAAUUUUGCAGUUAAAAUAAGAACCAUUUACCACUCUUUUCCAAUUCCACCCAAGGCUAAAGAAGUUCACUUUAAAGUAAUGAAUGAGCUUUACACAUGUAAUAACUUCUUAGGCCAAAGGUUUAAUUUGGAUUGGAAUAUUUGUACUUUCUGUAACUCAGAUAUUUAAACCCUGGAACAUCUUUUCUCUGUAAUGUAAUUAAACUAGGACCUUUUGGGAGUUUUUUUCAAUAUUGGCUGACUUUAAAUAAUACAAAUAUUACGACCCUAAGUUAUGAAAACAUAAACUUUGGUGGAGGACAAGAAAGCAGAGUUCGGGAUUCACAAUUCUUUUUUUUUUCUUUUUUUCGCAAAAUAUUUUAUUCACAAAUGUCGUUUUCUGAAAACUAUCCAUGCAUUUCCUGUGUUUUUAAGUUCGAUAAUUCUAUUCAUAAAAUGUGAGAAAUGCUGUAAAAGUGGAGAGGCCCUGCGGGUGUGUAAGUAUAUGCGCACCUAAAUUCCUUAAAUGACAACUAGUAUUUAGUUUUGAUUUUGUUUUAUCUUUCAUCAUUAUUUAUGUCGGCUUCAAAUUUCAUAUUCCUUUUCUCGACUAAAUAAAAUUAUUAUUUGAAAUAAACAAACCGAGUAUUUAAACCGAGUAGGCGCAGGGUUAUGACGUCAGCGUCAUCGCUUUGGCGCGAUGUCCAAACAAAUUUGAAAACCUGUGGCUUCAAACCGCCUGCUGACGGCAGGGAGAACAGGCUACAUCUUUGUCUUCAGAGGUCGACACUGUGGCUAAAGGGACUGUAGCCGCUACAGGGAUGUCGUGGGACUUUUUUGUGCCCGUGUGCGUGGGUGACCUGGUGAAGACUGGGGGGAUCAACCAGUAUGUCGUUCAGGAUGUGGUGCCCCCAAAACAGCUGCCACCUUAUCUCAGUAAAUUCAAGUCAGCACUGAGGAGCCGAGGGCCUUUGUGUAUAUUGGAGCACUUUGACACAGGCUACAGCGUGCUACAGCACUGCAACUCAGUGGAGCUGGGUGUGAAAGAGGAUACCCUGGAGUUACUCAUACAAGUGGUUAGUGGCCUGGCUGCUUCCCUGCCAGCACUUCUCACCUCCACCACCGUCUCUGCUGCAGAGCGCAAAGAGAAACUUAAUGCUGUUAAAAUGAGUGUCUACCUGCUCUGCAAACUCACAGAGACCUUUGAGAGUGACUCCUAUAGGCAGAGCAUUGUCACGGCACCUGGGAAGGGUGGUAAAAAAGGCAAAGGUGGUGGAGAAGGACUGCUGCAGUGGGACUCUGAGAGAGAGAGCGUGCUGCAGGCCCUCGUCCAGCUCUUCCAACUGGAUAUCCGUUCCCUCUGGAGCCUCUCCCUAGUGGAGGAAGAGUUCAUCAGCUGUGUGACCUGCUGCUGCUAUAAACUGCUUGAGAACCCAACCAUUGGCCAUGUCAAGACCAAGCCCACCAGGGAUUGUAUAAUACACCUACUGGGAGUGCUAAUCAAGAAGUACAACCACCUCCUGGGUGCAAGUGUGAAAGUGAUCCAGCUGCUGCAACACUUCGAGCAGUUGUCAUCUGUGUUCGCCCAAGCAGUGUCUGUGUGGAGCACAGAAUAUGGAGUCAGGGCGAUCAUAGGAGAAGUUAUAAGGGAGAUUGGUCAAAGGUCAAGUGAGGAGCUUGCCAGAGAGGCGUCGGGGGUCAAAGCUUUCGCCGCCUUCAUUGCAGAACUCGGUGCCCUGGUGCCUGAAUCAAUGAUCCCCAACAUAAGUGUGCUCAUCACACACUUGGAAGGAGAGAGUCACACAAUGCGUGUUGCUGUCUGUGAGGUGCUGGGAGAGAUCCUCGUGCGGGUCCUGUGUGGCGACGGGCUUGACGAGUCUGGGAAAGCUGACCGUGACCGCUUCUUUGACACAAUGCAGGAACAUCUGCAUGACACACAUUCCCAUGUCAGGGCACGUGUGUUGCAGGUCUACACACGCAUUGUCAACAGCAAAGCCCUGCCCCUGUGCAGGUACAGUGAGGUGAUGGAGCUCGCUGUAGGGCGCCUGAUGGACAAAUCUAUAAAUGUGGUGAAGAGUGCCAUUCAGCUGUUGGCAGCCUUCAUCGCACACAACCCCUAUAGCUGCAAGUUGAGCAGUGCAGAUCUGAAGAAACCGCUGGAGAAAGAGACCGCUAAACUCAGAGAGAUGAAAGAGAAGCUGGAGGGAAAAGCACCAGUGGCGGUGAUUAAAGCAUCUGAGCUGUGGGCAGCUAUGGAGCCUGAGCUGCUCGUCACUGUCAGGACCGAGCUGGAGCCCACAAGUGAAGCGGAGAGGGAGCAGGAGGAGGACGAUGAAGGGGAUGUGGAGGAAGACAAGGAGGCAGAAGACGACAGGACAACUGCGGUGAAGGUUGCUCAGUACCUGCGUGUCAACAAAUACAGGAAUGCCGUACGUCUUUGUAUAAGAGCCCACAGCUGCUUCCCUGAAUCUGAGAUGUUUGCUUCUCUGUCCACUCUCAAUGCUGAGACUUUAAUGGACACGCUGGCUCUGAUUUUCAAAGGUUCUGACGAGGACACCGCUGAGCUCAGUCAGAACUUGCCACCAACCCCACAGAAAGAGCCAGAAAAAGAGGGGGAGGAUGCGGAGCUGAAGAAGCAGGAGAUGUUGGUGCAGUACCUGAGAGACACGGAGACCUUCGCCUUACAAGUGGAGAGAGCCAUCUCUGUCAUUAACACCAUGCUCUACUGGAAAACCACUUCAGUGGUCCAGGAGGCUGUGCAGUUUUGUGUGACGGUUUGUGAGUUCAGCGUCGCCAACUCUGUGAGUGGGGUGAGGAAGAUGUUGCCAUUGGUUUGGUCAACUGACGCUGCCAUUAAAGAUGCUGUCGUUCAGGCCUACAGACGCCUGUAUCUGAACCCUCAGGGAGACACCAUCAAGAUGAAAGCCCAAACUCUGGUUGACAGUCUGUCAGAGCUGAUGGUGGAUGCAUCUCUGGGAACAAUCCAGUGUCUCGAGGAAAUAGUGCAGGAGUUCUUUGGCAGUGGCAGCAAUCUCCAGUCCACUGUAGUGCAGGUCUUGUGGGAGAGGUUUACCGGAAAACGGGAAACUUCUGGCUUACACAGACGAGCUGCAGUGUUACUGCUGGGCAUGGCUGCACGGGCAGAGAGGGAGGUGGUACUCAGUAAUCUGGAUACUCUUUGUUCCGUGGCUCUGGGGGAAAAAGUGACUGAAGACUUUCUUCUGGCAAGAGACACCGUUAUCACCAUCUGCAGCAUCACAGACCACGUCAGGCAAUCUAAAGGUGCUCCAUUCAGACUGCCCCAAGACCAUCAGCUCUUCACCUGCCUCACACAGGCCAUCGCUGAAGGUGUGGUGAUGGAAGACCCGUACUGGCAGAGCUUCAUGGAACAGUCCGUCCGUCUCAUCUACUUCCUGGCUGAAUCUCCUGACCAGCUGUGCUCCCGGCUGCUCCAGCGCAGCGCUCGCCUCUUAUCAGAUCAGAUUGCAGAAGGUGGCGACCUCAACAGGGACGCUGGCCAAAUGCAAGAUGGAUCUCAAGAGUCCAGUGAGCAAGGUGAACAAGUGAACUGUAUGUGUCUGGCCCAGCUGUUGGCUCUGUGUGGCUGCGUGGCUUUCUGGCAGGUGUCUCACCUUGAGCGCAGUGUGAGCGCUGAGCUGCGGAGGAGGAGAGGAGAGAACGAGGAGAGGGAGGAGAAGGAAAAGGGCCCAUCCAGCAAAGCUAAGCAGUCGGCUAAUGAGAGUGCCAUGGAGGAGGAGCUGGGGUUGAUUGGUGCCUCUGCUGAAGAUACAGAGGCUGAACUCAUCCGAAAGAUCUGCGAGACUGAAUUACUGGCUGAGGAGAACCUGCUGUGUGCGUUCCUUCCCCUGCUGGUGAAAGUCUGCAGCUCCCCAGGACACUACUCCCACCCGCAGCUCACCACUGCUGCAUGUCUGGCACUCUCUCAGUACAUGAUGAUAAGCCCAUCUGUGUGUGUAGAAAACAUCCGUCUCAUGUUCACGGUGCUGGAGCGCUCCACUCUUCCUGUGGUCAGGGCAAAUGCCAUAAUAGCCCUGGGAGACCUCACCGUCCGUUUCCCAAAUAUCUUGGAGCCCUGGACACAGAACCUCUAUGCCAGGCUCAGCGACGAGGUUCCUUCAGUGAGGCAGACAGCUGUGACAGUUCUAACUCAGUUGGUGCUUAAGGAUGUGCUCAAGGUCAAAGGUCAAGUUAGCGAGGUGGCUGUGCUGCUAAUUGACCCAGAACCUCACAUCACAAGCCUGGCCCUGAACUUCUUCAAUGAGCUAGCCUCCAAGGACAAUGCGAUCUACAACCUGCUCCCAGAUAUCAUCAGCCGCCUGUCUGACCCAGAGAGAGGCAUGACCUCUGAGGACUUCAACACCAUCAUGAAACAGCUAUUCUCCUACAUUACCAAGGAGAGGCAGACCGAGUCUCUGGUGGAGAAACUGUGUCAGCGCUUCAGGACUGCCAAGACGGAGCGUCAGUGGUGUGACUUGGCCAUGUCUCUGUCUCUGCUGUCCAUGUGUGAGCGCGGUUUCAAGAGGCUGCAGGAAUGCUGGGAGUGUUACAGCGACAAGUUAACGGAGCCUGGAGUCUACCAACCUCUGCUCUCCAUCAUGGCCAAGCUCCGCCGCGGGGCCAAAGCCCAGUUCAAGGCCCAGAUAGAUGAGUUUGAGAAGCGGCUGACUGCAGUUCACACACGGGGGCUGGAGAACGUGGAAAGUCCUGAGAUGGAUGAGGAGAACCAAAAAGAAGGAGGACCCUCUGAGAAGGCAGUCACGCACACACCUCUGCCCACCAGAGGUCGAACGAGAUCAAAAAGAGGUCAAGCAAAGCCCUCUGUUUCCAGCUGCGGCGAUGACAGUUUCGUUACGCCUCAGAAAUCUCGCAAGUCCAAGAAACCUGUGAUUACCUUCAGUAGUGAUGAAGAGGAGGAUGAAGAGGAUGCUGUAAUGGCUGAGAGUGAGACCCCGAAAGUGACGACACCCAUCGCCCGCUCAUCCCGACGAGCUCGCCUCAGAAACUGAUGUCUUCUGUUGUUUUGUCUUUUUUUCUGUGUUUCUUCCUUUAAUCUUUUGUCUGAAAUGAUGCGUUGCAUUUUUACAUGUUUUUACAUUUUAAUCUUUUUGUAUAUUUUUUUUUUUUUUU